AUGAGAAAAACACUCCGGCGAUGUAACGCCUGUGGAUCUCCUCCUGCUUUUUCUGCAGGAAUUCCCUCUUUUAACUCCACACCUGUGCGGUUCUGUUACGUCUGCGGGUCUUCCUUGCGGCCUUCAGCAACUAAAGAAAAAGAAAAAGAAAAAGAAGAAAAAGAAGAUGUGAUGUUGACAUUGCCGAUGAAUACAGAGUGGAAGAAUCCCACAUUAGUGAAGAAAAAUCCCUUUUCUCUGCAGGAUGUACUGAAGAUACUCUGGAGACAACUGCAGUCGUGGGGACCGCACACACUUAUCCACUGUUUACCGUGUUCCACUGUAGACAAGGAACAUUCAUCCACUGAUGCUCAUCCCUUAGUGGGAAUGAAUAGAUAUAAUGUUGAGAAAACCACUAGAGCUGUUCAUACGGAAAAACCACCAGUCUUUUAUGCCUGGCCACUCGAGUCCUGCAGUACAGUGGAAGAAGAAGAAAGUAAAGAGAUGAAGUUUAUCAAAGAAGAUACCCCGUCUUCCUCUUUAUUUGUUCAACUUCAGAUAAUAUACAAAAUACUUGCGGAAGUCAUUUUAGAGUAUAAUACAGUUCUCUCAUCAUUACAGUUAAGAUAUACGAAUGAAGGAAAUAUGUGGCGAACGUAUGUUUCUACACUAAAGGAUGAACUUCGUCAAAAGAAUGAAGAACAUGUGGCACUUUUAAAACGUGUAUUGUAUUUAGAACGUGAACUCUCUCUACAGAAUGAGAGGCACAAACGAGAAUUGUUAGAGGAGAGAUGCAAACGUGAGGAGGAGCAUCAAUGGUCUUUGAAUAUGAAACAACAACAAGAAGAUAAUCUUACUGAGGCGUAUCAUUUCUUGCGUGACACACUCGUACAUGGAAAACGCCAUAUACAUUGA